CACCAGUUUAAUUCAUUCCCUGAGGCUGUAGCCUGUAUAAAAUUAACUUAGCCGAAAUUUUACCUCCUCCCAUUCCCGCCAAAAUUUUAGAGUAAACAAACAUCAUAUCAUAAAUAAAUACUCCAGCAGUCAACAGGACGGAGGGGAGGACCCAUCAAUCAGAUCACAAUUCGAAAAUGAACAACGGUGGUGGCGGCGGCGGCGGCGGUGCAGCGCCUACUGGAUGUUACAAGUGCGGGCGGCCAGGCCACUGGUCCCGGGAUUGCCCUUCAAAUCCUAACGCUAACACUGAUAACCCUAAAAUUUCUUCUUCUAAUAUUUAUUCUAAUAAAAACGCAUCGUCUUCGUCUUCCUUCAAGAGUGGUGGCAGUUUUAAUGGUGCUUCGAAUCCGGCAUCCGAAAAGCCCAAAAAGGUCCCGAGAGCAAGGCCCAAGCUCACACCAGACCUUCUUCUCUCCAAUGACGGUCUUGGUUAUGUUCUUCGCCAUUUUCCUCACGCUUUCAGGUUUCGCGGCCACCAACAUGAGGUUAGUGAUUUGGGGAACCUAAUUGGCUUAUAUGCUGAAUGGCAUUCCCAUUUGCUUCCUUACUACUCAUUCGAACAGUUUGUACACAAGGUUGAACAAGUUGGUACAACAAAACGUGUCAGGUUAUGUAUUAAAGAAUUACGAGAGAGAGUUGCAAAUGGAGGGGACUUAACAAAACUUCAUGAACCCCCAGUUGAACAAGAUAUUUCAAAUCAUGAACAAGAAACUUUGGAUUUAGAGAAGGGCGCGCCUUUGAAAAACCAUGACACUGAUGAUUUACAAGAAGACAUGCUUCAAGAGAUAUACAAGCAGGCUACCGAAGAGCCAUAUCCAUCCAUGCAUGAUGUCACUUUUGCUGCUGAAUCUUCUGAUAAUAGUACAGUGAAAGAAUUACCAAAUCAAGCACCAGAAAGUGCAGCUGCUAGCAGCUCCAGUCCAAGUCACAUAUCGGAAGAGCAGAGAGCUCGCAUGGAAGCUAACAGGUUAAAGGCAUUAGAGAGAGCUGCUGCUGCCGCUCCUCGUUCCAGCUGUUUGCAGACAGCUUGAUUCUCUUUUGACUUUUGUAUUUUGAGCUCUAUUAUAUUUAUUCUUGUACUUUUCUUUAUUAUAUAAUUCUCGUGAAUGGUUCUCAACAAAAUCGACCAGUCAUCAAACUCAAUUUUUCGUGGACCCUUUUUGUGGGUUGUUUGAUUGUUAUGUCAAUUUUUAGACAAAAUUCUGGGUGAAUGGUUAUCUUUGGAGUCCAAGUAACUUCAAGAAACAUUUUAUCGAUUAGUAAUAUUACUGCAGUUGCUUAGGUCA